AUGUCAGGCUUGCACCUGGCUCUCUUUGUGUCCUUCAGGAGGAAGUCAAUGCCACCCAAAUGGGCCUUUGGUCAAUACUCUUUGUUUGACAAUGCUUUCUCUUUCUUUUUAACUUUGGCAUUUUUAAAGGUACCGUUAGUUGAACAGCUCUUCCGCAAAGAGUUUGAACCAUUUUUGAAGAAAUGGUAUCAUGUUACUAGAUUAAGUGGUGAUACCCAAUUGAAAAUAACAUUUCCAGAAGUUGUCAAGUCUCAUGAUGUUAUUAUCAGUACAGCUCAAAUCCUUGAAAACUCCCUUUUAAACUCAGAAGAAGGUGAAGAUGAUGGUGUAGAGUUGUCAGACUUUUCUCUCAUCAUUAUUGAUGAAUGCCAUCACACCAACAAAGAAGCGGUCUAUAACAACAUCAUGAGGCGUUAUUUGAAACAGAAGUUGAAAAACAAUAAACUUAAGAAAGAAAACAAACCAGUGGUUUCCUUACCUCAGAUAGUGGGGCUCACAGCCUCACCAGGUGUUGGAGGAGCCAAAAAGCAGGCCAAAGCAGAAGAACACAUUUUAAAAAUAUGUGCCAAUCUUGAUGCAGUUACCAUUAAAACCGUGAAACAAAAUAUUAAUCUACUUAAAGAGCAAAUAAAGGAGCCAUGCAAAAAGUUUGUAAUUGCAGAUGACACCAAAAAAGAUCCAUUUAAAGAUAAGCUGCUAGAAAUAAUGACAAAGAUUCAAAUUUUUUGCCAAAUUAGUCCAAUGUCAGAUUUUGGAACUCAACCCUAUGAACAAUGGCUCAUUCAAAUGGAAAAAAAAGCUGCAAAAGAAGGAAAUCGCAAAGAUCGUGUUUGUGCAGAACAUCUGAGGAAGUACAAUGAGGCCCUACAAAUUAAUGAUACAAUCCGUAUGAUUGAUGCAUAUAAUCACCUUGAAACUUUCUACAAUGAUGAGAAAGAGAAGAAGUUUGCGGUCCUCCUAGGAGAUGAGAGUGAUGACGAUGGUGAUGAUGAAGAUGUGGGUGAUGGAAAAACACCUUUGAAGCUGCAUGAGACAGAUGACUUUCUCAUAUCUCUAUUUUUGGGAAAUAAGAAAAAGUUGAAAAAGCUAGCCCAAAACCCAGAACAUGAAAAUGAAAAGCUCAUCAAGUUGAGAAACACCAUAAUGGAACAAUAUUCAAGGACUGAAGGAUCAGCGCGUGGAAUAAUUUUCACCAAAACACGACAGAGUGCAUAUGCCCUUUCCCAGUGGAUUAUUGAAAAUGAAAAAUUUUCAGAAGUAGGAGUCAAAGCCCACCAUCUUAUUGGCGCUGGACACAGCAGUGAGUUCAAGCCCAUGACCCAGAAUGAACAAAAAGAAGUCAUUAGUAAAUUUCGCACGGGAAAAAUAAAUCUGCUUAUCGCUACCACAGUGGCAGAAGAAGGUCUGGAUAUUAAAGAAUGUAAUAUCGUUAUCCGUUAUGGUCUCGUCACUAACGAAAUAGCCAUGGUCCAGGCCCGUGGCCGAGCCAGAGCUGAUGAGAGCACCUACGUCCUGGUUGCCCAAAGCGGCUCAGGAGUUGUGGAACGUGAGACAGUUAAUGAUUUCCGAGAGAAAAUGAUGUAUAAAGCUAUAGACCGUGUUCAAAAUAUGAAACCAGAGGAGUAUGCUCAUAAGAUUUUGGAAUUACAGAUGCAAAGUAUAAUGGAAAAGAAAAUGAAAACCAAGAGAAGUAUUGCAAAGCAGUUCAAGAACAAGCCAUCAUUAAUAAAUUUUCUGUGUAAAAACUGUAGUGUGCCAGCCUGCUCUGGAGAAGAUAUCUAUGUAAUUGAGAAGAUGCACCAUGUCAAUAUGACACCAGAGUUCAAGAAACUGUACUUUGUGAGAGGAAACAAAGCACUGCAAACAAUGUGUGCUGAGUAUCAAACAAAUGGCGAGAUAAUCUGCAAUAAAUGUGGCCAAGCUUGGGGAACGAUGAUGGUACACAAAGGCUUAGAUUUGCCUUGUCUCAAAAUAAAGAAUUUUGUAGUGGUUUUCCAAAAUAAUUCACCAAAGAAGCAAUACAAAAAGUGGGUAGAAUUACCAAUCACAUUUCCUGAUCUUAACUAUUCUGAAUAUUGUUUGUUUAGUGAUGAGGACUGACAUUUGAUUCAAGAUUUAUUUUUAAAAUAUUAUCAACUUAACAUUUACAUGAUUUUGAUUGUUUUCAUCAUACUACAGAACUUAUGUGAACAUUAAUAAAAGUCAGUGCUUUACUCUAUAUUGAGCUAUAUGAAAGAAGACAAUAUAUUAUGCUUUCAAUUUCUACCUUGUUGGUGGGCAGAGGUUAAAAAUAAAAAGCUUCCAGUAAAACCCUUUAGUGUGGAGCAGUAUAUUACUAUUUGGAGGAUGUUCAAAGUAUAAAUAAGGAUCUGAAGUACUAAUCUCAGUCCUGUCACUAAAUUUCAGAAUAAAAUUAAGCAAACCAGUU